CCCUGUUCCUUGUGCUUUGUCCGUUUUGACAUGUCUGAUGUCGUACAUUAUCUUUUGGUCUUUAACAAAAUUUUUUUUUAGUAAAAUUAGAAUAAUUUCUUUGUUUUUAAUUAUAUUGUAAUAGUUGGGCGCGGUCCGGAAACAAGGAAAAUGUCAAAAAUCAAUAUGAAAGAUAAAGACAACAAAAUGUCGAUGGACAAAAUAAAGCAAUUUUUUCGCCUUAGCAAAGGAAAUUACAAGAGUCGCGAGGAAUUCACAUUAACUCCGGAAAUUGAAAAAGAAAUUAGUUCAGAAACUCCAGUUACUCAACGUUUAAAGGCUAUCAAAGAUCUUUGUGACUCUGUUUUAAACAAUCAGUGGGAAGAGAGAGCAGCGGAAAGAUUGUGGCAUCUUGUUAAGGAUUUACUAACACAGGACGUUGCACGAGAGCACAGAUAUAUUAUUUUUUGUUUUUUACGUUGCUUGGUACAAGGACAAUAUGCAAAUAUAUCGUCAUUGAUGCGUGUACAAUUUUUUACGAUUGUCAAGGAUUACGAUUUUUCCGAGGAUAUUGGCCCUCGUCUUGAAUUAUUGCAAAGCUUAACAGAAAAUGGUAAAGACAUUUUGCAUUUUGAAGAGAGAAUGGGUUCGUUUUUAUUGGAAUGGAUGCCUGUGGUUACUGGCGGUGAUGUUAAACGAGGAGCUGAUUUUCUCUCCCUUUUGGUUAAUGUUAUUAAAUUUAAUUCGGCCUAUAUAGACGAAAACAUUGUUUCAGGACUUAUACAGAAUAUUUGUCAUUUGUGUUAUUAUAGUAACAGUCAAAAGGUAGUCUUAGGAUGUCUUGAGGCUUUAGAUGCAAUCGUUUGCUACAGCAAUUUACAACCGGAUUCGUUGGAAACUUUUAUAAUUGCUUUGUGUCGCAGUGUUAAUGCUGAAUCGUUUUGUGAAAUGAGCUGGAAGAUCAUGCGACAAUUGUUGGGAACUCACAUGGGACAUUCGGCUUUAUACACCAUGUGUCGUUUGUUACAAGAUCCAAGAUUUCAACGAGACGUUCGUGUAUUGCGUGGCGCUGUAUUUUACAUAAAUAUGGGCCUUUGGGGUACAAACAGAAUUCCCAAAUUAGAGUGUACUGCAACUUCCGUUUUGCCAUCUUUUUAUGAGGCUCUUCGCUGUAAUCAUCCAAUUGUUAUGUACGAAGUUACACUUUCAAUUCAAAGACUGGUACAAAAGUACGGCGUUGAUCUUCAAGAACCAGCUUGGAGUAUUAUUUUAGACAUUAUUGAAGAUGUUAUUGCUCAUGCAGAAACAAAUAAUCAAGUCUCAAAAUCUCAAGUGUCGAUAAUUUUACAUGACACGAUUAACAGUAUCGAAAAACUUCUUUAUGUUAAUUCCUUUAAUGGUUCGAUACAAAGGUUUUAUGAAUUGAUAGAAAAGUGUUCAGAUGCGCGACCUGAGGAGUCUGUUUUGAAAUUAAUUGACUAUAGAGCUUCUUUUGUGAGUCCAACUUAUCAUCAGUGGCAGUAUAAAUUGGGAUUAUUGAUGGAUCGUUAUUACAAAGUAGAAACGAAAACGAAUAUUCGAUUGAAAGUUCUCGACGUUUUAACGAAUGUAAUCCAAGUUAAUAGGUCAAGGUAUGAAGAUGAACUUAUAGAAAGGGUUGUUGUGCCUCAUUUGCAGUAUGUUGAACAAGACUCUGAUAUUACAAUUCGCAACAAGGCUGCUAAUCUUUUAGUUGAUCUUUGCUUUGAAUGCGAGACAAAAAGAUGUUUGGAAUUAUUGGAUAUUUUAGAAAAGAUUAUCAAUAAACCUUUUGCGUCAGAUUUACCUCUAAUAUCAGAAAUGGAUAUUAAAGACGUUAAGACGGCUAUUGAAGGAGUGAUUAAAAUUCUAACAUUAAAAUUAUAUCGUCUGCCUUCUAAUCAUGCGAUUCGAGCUUAUAAAGUUUUGACCAAUCAUUUGGAGCAGCAUUACAAGAACCCUUUCGUCUUCCAGAAUAUCUCUGUUAUUCGAUAUGAUAUUUUCGAGUGUCUGCUGAAAUUUAGAGCGAACGUUCUCUAUCAUCUUGGAUAUCCGGACCCAUCAACUGGCACAAUUCUACGUUUUAGUUCGUAUUUAGCUUUGGAACAUUCGUCGAACGAUAAGCUAACGACUGGCAGCGGUGGUAGCAGUCCACCGCCAGCGAGUCCAGCACCUCUGCAACAUUUAUCCUGUCACAUUACACAAAUUUCAUUGGCGCACGCAUGCCGGGCAAUAAUAUUCUGCAUAAGACAGGAGAAAGAUUGGAAAGUCCUGCAAAUGAUAUUGAAAGAAUUGCCUCAAGUUAUGCAAAAUCGAACAUUAAUAUUAUCACGUCAAAGCGAUAUUCACGAACUCACAAGUGCACUUUGCUCGAUGGUUAGCGACAAAUCAUUACAAUUGCCAGAAAGUUUAAAUAAUGUCCCACUGAAAUUUACUGCUUCGGAUUUUAAGACACACGUGUUUCCCGUUCUUGCCUCAAUAACAUCGUAUCACGUCUAUUUGCAACCAAAUUUACAGCAACGUUUAAUUCAAUGUCUGGAAGUUGGAUUAACAACGCGAUGUGCAAGUCAAUGUGUCACGAGCCUGACAACAUGCACUUUGGAAAUGCGUGACGCAAUGAAUAAAUUGUUAACUGAAGUUUUAUUGAAUUUAUCGAAAAUUUCAGCCACUGUACAUAUUGCCAUUCCAAUACUCGAAUUUCUCUCAACAUUAACGAGAUUACCAAAAGUAUUUGCGAGUUUUAUUGUCGAUCAAUAUAUGUCGGUUUUUGCCAUAUUAUUGCCAUACACAAAUCCGUAUAAAUAUAAUCAUUAUACUGUUUCGUUGGCGCAUCAUGUUAUUGCCGUGUGGUUUCUCAAGUGUCGUUUACCAUUUCGUCGUGUCUUCGUGAAAUUCAUUACAGCUGGAUUGAAAUCAAAUGUAUUGGUACCUUUUGAGGAGGGUCAUCUGAUGAAAGCGGAGUUUAAAGUUGUUAAUGAGGAUUCGUCGAAUCGAAAAAGAAGUUCGAGUUUGACAGAGCAGGGAAGUCGGGGGCGUCAGGAGAGGCCGAUUAUGACAAAUCGAAUGAUGAAUGAAAAUCGGACAUUGGAUUUGAAGCCGAGAAUUGAUGAAGCUCUGAUGGAUUUUCAUGCGGAACUCACGGAAACUUGCAUUGAUCUUAUGGCACGAUAUACAUUUUCCACGUAUUCAGCGAGACCGAAAAGAUUGCCAACAGCGGAUUUUUUGCUGAAAGGCGGACAAUCAAUGACGUGGCUUAUUGGACAUAAAUUAAUUACCGUGACCACGAGUGAAUGCAGCAAUAAAGCAAUGAAAAGCGGUCUUUGUGAUAAUUGCUGGGCAAUGUGUAAAGCAACACCGCCAACGCCCGAGCACUCGAAAUCAAAUCAACCCGGCCUGUGGCGAACUUCAAGUAUCGAGGGCGCUAAAGAGGAGAAAUUAUCAAGACAAUCGUCCGGCGGUGGUCAUGGUAGCUCAAAUGCAAAUACAGCAACGAAUUCGCCCACGGAGGAAUCAAAGAAAUUAUUCGACGAGACAGAUUCUUCGAAGCGUGAUGUGCCUUUAGAUAGACACGAGAAGGAGCAAUUGGAACCGUCGAAACUGGAGCAAAUACUCAAUAGCGAGAAGCAAGAGGAAUUUGAAGCUUGCGCUUGCUGGUGUCAAGGUUGGGCGGAAAUUUACGUUCGUCGACCAACCGGUGACAUGUCCUGGAUUAUACGAAUACAAAAUUCCAUGAAUCUUGAAAAUCUCUCUGAUUUUCCAAUUCAUGAUAUUAUUUCUCUCUAUAUGCCAACGGACGAUAUGAAUGCACAAAAAACACAGGAUUUUGUAUCUGAAUUCUCCGGUGAUGAAUUGGAGCAAGAUGUACCGGACGCGCUUGUAGAUCAACUGCAGUGUGAUCAGCAGAAUAAUUCAAUGAAGUUUGGCAGCUCUUCGGGACCGAUUGCCAUUCCAGGAUCUCCUGCUCGGCCAAGUCCCACACGUCAAAGUUCUCGUGAUAGUCUCGAAAGUUUAGAAGAAGGAGAAGAAGACGGACGUCGUUCUCGGAAUCCCGUUCGUAGAUCUAAUUCUAGUCCAGAAAUGAGUGCAAACUGGAAAAAUCCAUUUCUCAAUAAGGAUAAAUUAGUUCUUCAGCAGGCUGAGCGCGAUGUUGCGUCCAGUGAUUUUGAAAUAAAAUUGGAUACGGAUUUAAAGAAACAUGUGAAGAAUACGUUUACUAAAGAUAUGAGAGUUAGUUGUGAGGCGAUUCCGGAAGAAAUGGCUGGAAUGGGAACAACGCCGCCGUCUAAUGAAAAUUCUGGUGAUCAUCCGUCAGGUUUACGUUCUCAGCGUUCGUAUCCUGGAAUUUCUCAAACUACUCAGACGUCGACGACGACAACAAGCAAUACAGUUCCACCUUCGCCAACAGCAAUUCAAGCUCCAAUAAGCUUUCUGUCAGCACAAAGUCGAAAUCCGGUAAUACAGGGUCAAGUUUCAAAACCACCACAAUCGCCAACGCAACUUUAUUCAUCACGUUUGUCAAGUCUCGAUUUAAGUCAACGAUUGGUAGAUUCUAAACCACCGAUUGGAAGGAAUCUUUUAAUUGAAAAGAUAAAGGACGAGAAAUCCGAUCCAUCAACGUUACCACCCCUUGCGUUUCGUGACAGAGGACACACAAUUUCUGUUAUGAGUCCAGUGAAAGGUACACGAGGUGAUUGGGAUAAUAUUCGACGAGGGAAUUCUCCAAGAGUUAAGGAAUCGCCGAGAAAUGGAAUAAGUCCUAGUUCCGUGUUUCUGCAACUUUAUCACAAGGCCUACUAUGGAAGUGAGAAACCUUUAUUAGUGCCUUCGUCGAUGAAGAGGGCAAUUACAAUUUUGGAUAAAAUACAUCCGUAUGAAACACACAAAAUUGGCGUUUUGUACGUUGGUCCAGGUCAAGUGUCAAACGAGGCGGAAAUUUUAGCCAAUCAACAUGGCUCGACUCGAUAUUCAGAGUUUUUACAGAGGCUUGGCACUUUGGUGAUGUUGAAGAACAUUGACGAAACAUCCAUUUUUCUCGGCGGUCUCGAUCGUUUGGGAGAGCAUGGCACUUUUACCUACAUCUGGCACGACGAUGUCACUCAAGUUGUGUUUCAUGUUGCCACGUUGAUGCCAAAUAAAGCCGGCGAUCCGAAAUCAACUUGGAAAAAGCAGCACAUUGGAAAUAAUUACGUUAGCAUUGUUUACAACGAAAGUGGAGAACCUUAUAAUAUACAAACUGUCAAGGGACAAUUUAAUUAUGCCUGUGUGAUUAUUCAACCUCUGGAUCACGGUACUAAUCAAGUCACUGUUCAAGCAAGGGAGGAACUUGCCGAACACAUUGGUCACAGUGAGCCGAAAAUUAUUUCAGAUCAAAAUUUAGCAAUUUUAUCAAGACAAUUAGCUUUACAUGCUAACCUUGCUUCAAUGGUCUCGUCAUCAUUGAAACAACAGGGACAAAGUCCUUAUGCAUCGAAUUGGUUAGAGCGUUUACGAAAUAUUAAACGUUUACGAAAAAAAUUAUUGCAAGAAGAAGAUGAAAAUAAUCCAAAAGAAGGUACACAUGACGAAGUACCAUCUAAUUCAAAUAAGCGUAUUCACGUGGACGAUUUUACCGUAUACACAACAUAAUUUUCGUUAAUUCAAAAAAAGAAGAAAAAGAGGAAAAAAAAUAUGGACACUGUAUUUUGUACAGAAAGUCCCGAAAACGAUAAUUUAGUUAAAGUGUCUAUAUUGAAACCAGCUGUAUAUUCAAUUUUUAAAAGCGAUAUCCUCUCUUUUUUUAAAUGCAGGAUAACGACUUUUAUGAAUUUUUCGUAUUUCGGGACAUUUAAUGUUAUUCGUUAUUAAUUAAACUUUUUUCUUUUGCUUUACAA